AUGUCGCUGCUGGAGGGCCUGGGAAAAUCUGUCACCGUUCGCCAGGUUCGCAAAAGAGUCCGUGAUGACUAUGUCCUGGAUUCAUCUGAAACACCAUGGAGACGCUCCCCGUACUGGCUUGUUCUCCGUGUCACAGUUGGACGACUCCUCUGCGCCAUGUCCAAAGAUGAGAGGAUUGGCCGGGUGUACUACAAGUUCAUCAUCUGUGUUGUCUUAGCUAAUCUACUUGGAGAAUGUGUUGAAACUCUGCACCCUGAGAUGACAAUGAUUCUCCAGGCAAAGCUGUGCCGUCGUCUUGCCAAGCUCGAGUCGGAGAAGCAGGCUGCUUCAGAUACUCUGCGUCUGGCGUACGAGCAUUUUUUCUACGCUACAGGAGCCUUCUUUGAAGGGAUCGUUGGCCGUGCAAAGCGGGAGGUUGUUACCCAGUGGGAGAAUUACAAGACGAGCAUCGUUCGCCCAAUUCCUCUCCUUCCAGGACGUGCAUCAACGAACGAUCUGUCUCUCAGAUUGCCCAACAGCGGUGCAAUUCUGCUUGACCUUCUCUCACAGGGAUCUGGAAAUACGAACCGCGGAGUGCGACUUGACCUCCCAUCUCUGCAAGAAGGCACAAUCUCGCAGGUCAACCAGCUCACAGCUCGGUACACCCCACUCAUUCACCGCGAGGACGACUUCAAAAGGCCAAUCAAGUCAUCUUCACAUGCUUCACAGCAAGUAUGCAUCGAGUUAUCGACGAUGAUCAACAAUUAUCUAAAGAAGGCUGAGAACACAUACAGAGACAGCCCCCUCUUGAUGAGCCAAUACCUCCUAAGAUUGUUUAAACUUUGGGUGGACAUGGACCAAGCAGCCGUUGCCGCAUGUCCUCUUCUCGAAGACUACCACCCUGUAUUUAUCCCGCACGCAUUAGAUGUCCUUUGCCUAAUGGCCAUGGAAGAGAUGGAACAACUUGCCCGUGUCCAGGAGUAUAUUGCGGCCCGCGUGAAAGCUCACACCAAGCGCGGUAGAACAAUCUUCAGCAACCCAAGAUGUGAGCCAGCAUUUGCAUAUCAGUUUGUUUACAACACCUCAGCUGGGCUUCCCAUGGUGGACCUAGUCGAGAAGAUCGACAAAGCUUCAGAAGAGUGUAGAAAGUCCAAGGAAUCAGAGCUAGAAGACCUGACCGAGCGGUACCGCGAACUUACACAGGAGAUCCAGGAUAUGCAAGAAACUGCGAGCUCGGAAAGCCCUCAAAAUUAUGAUCCACGAGGAUUUUCUCCCGUCCGACGAGACAGACGGGGCAACGCCCACUGUGCUGCCAUUGUGUAUGAACUGCUCAUCCCCAAAUACCUCGCAGGUUAUCGACAAGCAACGUGGAACUUGUACUUGCUGGGAAGCCCACCGACGUUGAUCCAAUCGCCCAAUCCUAUGCUCGCUCUAAACAAGUUCGACAAACUCAAACACUUUACACCCAAGCGCCCGGCCGAUAAGUAUUCCAUCACACUGGCGUCGCGGAAAAAGCUGUUUUCACAGACCCAUUACCGCAAGAUGAAGCUCCCAAAGCAACCACACGAGAUACUGCGGUCGUUUGGAGCAGAAUUCUCAUACUACGACGAAGCGUCUGGGUUCUGGGAGGACGAGCUCCCCGAAACGCCAUGGUUCCAGCAUCUUCUUGGCCCUUGGCUUCUAGAGGGCGUUCCUGAUCCAUAUGAGAAUUGCGAUCAGUCCAAAGAGGAGGUGUAUCAUCCAACAUCGUCCGACAUAAUUGCCAACGAAAUCGACUGUCCCCAGGACAUGUCCAUACACGAGUUCUCUGCUUAUCAAAGGCUCGUUUCUGGACGAGGUCGACGGUGGCUGGCCAUGCUCAUCGAGCUGUCUUCUAGCAACAUCAAUUUCAGCAGUGAGAUUACCACGACUCUCUUCACACGCCUCGCCCUACAAGCUGGCCCUGCCAUCUUAGAGGGUGGGACUUUGAGGGAGGCGCACAUCGUCUUCCAUGAACAACCCUUCUGCAAGACACUACAUGAUCGGCUUUCCUCCUGGUUGGCUUCUCUAGAAUCCAAUUGUCGAGAAGCUCACUGCAUGGGCACGAUUGUCACUCUCAGUCUGCGGCUAUAUCACCUAUGUCUACCAGGCUUCAAGGAGAAGGCACUUGACUUGUUGGUAAGAAUUCGACACAUCACCUCCAACUGGAUCGUGCAGUUGCGCAACGAGGUCCGAGUGACCCCGGAAGGUGAAACCGCUCGCAAGUCUUCAGAUUACGCCUUUCGAGCUGCCUUGCUCUGUCGUCAGACAUUCUCGAUAUACGCCGACUCUCAGGGCCCACAUGCGGCUCUGAGUAGCGAGGAUGUGCAAUGUUUCUUCCGAGCUUCUAUUGCCCUUCAAGAGCACCUCUUGCUUAGUGUGGACGAGCUGAGCCCUGCUCUGAAGCAUCUUCUCGUUCAAGAUAUAUACACUUCCUAUCGCAUGCGGGUCAUGAUCAAGGGCUGGGUCCAAAAGAGCCCUCAUUGCUUAGAGAACGCCAUCAAUGAGACGUGGAGUGAUACCGGGGGCUUCGAGAAGAGGGCCUACUCUAGCUGGACGUUCAUCUCCUCAAAAGCCUAUUCUUGGUGGGCUACAGCGCGGGUCGAGGGGACCAAGUGGACAGCCCCCCAAGUGAUACACUACCACAUGAUCCAAGGCCACCUCACUGUGGACGGAAAGCCACUUGGUCGACUCCCUCUCGAGAUGAGAGAAGAUGAAGCCAUCAAGGAGCUCUUUGGCGGGCAGCACUUGCUGACGCGUCCGUCCAACCUCCUGGAGCAUCAGCUGGUCAAUGAGGUCGAGGGGCACCAGAUUCACUUCGGCUCUAAGAACGGAAAGGUCGUUAUUCGGGCUAUUUUUCGAGGAUCUCUGCUGGAGCACGUUCCGCGGACAGUGUUCAAAGGCAUUUUGGGCUAUGAUCUUCCCUCAGGUCUUGUGGACGACUGUGUACACUGGCUCAACCUGCAAACCGGGAAAGUCGAGAUGCGCCGUAAACCCCGGAUAUGGGUCCCUAAGCCAUCCAACUGGAUCCUUGAUGUCCAUAACCGCCAGGCUGUUAGCGGUGUAGGGCGCCGGACCAAGCAUGGCCCGAGCUUAGGCACUUAUCUGGUCGAGCCUCGAUCCGAGGUUGGGCAAAGGAUCUAUCACAUCUUUCAGGGGUUUGAAGAUGCUGAGAAGCUGACCAUCUACCAGCCAUCCGGUGCUGGGCCUUUAUCCGUUGAAAUGAAGCGCCUGGAGAUUCGAUUCUCAGUCAACUUCAAGGGCCUGCUUCAAUGCCAACAGCUCAGGGCAGAGAUUGAUCCUCAACAGGACGUGGGCGCUCUAUACGGGCUAUGCAGCCAUUUUCAACUGCGUGGUAUCGCAAAUCCUGACAGCAAGAGCGUUCUCGUUCCCAUUGGCAACAUCCGCUGGGAGCGAAGGGGAAUACACGUGGCCGUCAAUAUCGCGAAUGAUGGCUUGUAUGCAAAGUUCACAGUCGACCAGCUCCUGGGCCGACUUGACUGCCCGCCAGAGCCACUCCUCCUCUACCUAAAAGCAGCGCUGCACGCACUGACCUCGUUUCCUCUUCCCGAUGGACUCACUGGUCGCACUGGGACCGAAGAGGCACGUCACUGUCUUAUUGCUGCUCGGAGUCAGCCGUGGGCUCCUCUGCAACGCUCCUCUCAAGAACUCUUGUCCGUCAUACGAUCCCUCUCUCCCAAACGGUGGCUUUACCCACCAGGACUUGGAGUCUACCAGAAGGUCAAGUGGGACAGUCGCCUUACCAUGACGAUUCAGCACGAAGGUCUGGCCCCCCUCGUUGAUAGCAUCGCCCUUCGAUCAAAGGACCUGGAGACGUUUGCUCCAACACCCGAGACGGAAGAUGAGUUUGAAUUUGGGUGUGAUGAUCCUGCCAUCAGAAGCCUGUAUCUUCGGGGCCGCAUACGGCGACAAAUCUACGAGCGUGUCUGUUUCCCCAUGGACUUGGCGGUCCUUCUACAGGCCACACACAUCUCCCCCUAUGCCACCCCCAGUCUUGCUUCAAAAGAAAGCUGCCAAGCUUUUCAGACCACUCGUGCGCUGCGGGAGCUUGCAUCUGGUGUAUAUGUGUUUUCACAUCUGACGUCCAUCGUGAAACAAUGGGAGACGGUUGGGGGAUUCGACAAAGCGGCCGUCGGUGUGGACAUUAGAUCCAUCUUAGACUUGGAUAUCUCUGAGCUUUGGGGAUCCUUGGUUCACACAUACCGGAGUAAAGCCUCUAACUCUGCGGGGGCUUAUGAUGUGCAUUUCCAACUUGCAUUAUUGGCCUUUAAUAGCAAGACUAGCAUGACCGUUGUGUCGUGGCUUGUGGCAUUGUCCAAGAACUCGGCGGUGAGGGCUUUUGAACCUCCAAAGCGCCCGGAAUGUGAAGAUUUCGACUCUUUCGAUCCUUCAAAGCCCUUGGUAUUCAAAGAUUUCCACGUCUUUGAAGCCCCCUCAGGGGAAACCUUGAUGGCACUGGUGCUCAACAAACAACUGACCUACGAGGAUUGGUUAGAAGAUAUGCCAGAGGAGGAAACGCCGGAGGAGGAAACACCAGAUGAGGAGGAUUUCGAGUCCAAAGCCGACCAAUAUUACGCUAUGCAAGCGGAAGAAGCGACCAGGAUUGCAUCUCUCAUCGUUCAUGAAGGGCCUGGCCUGCACCUCUCUAAGGGAGAGUUUGAGCGGCUGGUCCAAGAGCUCUCAAUUGAACGCAUCGACCUGGAGAUAGCUUGGGAGAACUUGCAGCCUGAACUACAAAGGCUGUCUUACAAUCUUGAGCUGUCCGUCUAUCUUCUUCAGGUAGAUGAAGCUAUCAAGGAAAUUCGCCAACGCCAAUCCCCAGCGAUAAGCGAGAAACAAAACAAGAUCUGGAACUCCAAGCCGGCAACCCUAACAAGUCUAAAGCCAAGUCAUAGCAAUGAUGUGUUCAAAGUACCUCACCUCACAAGCGGCCUGAUGAAAAAGGACAUCCACUUCAACCAUGCUACAAGGGAUCAAGCCACCAUGGACCAGCUGUCUCGCAGUUUCGCCAACAGAAACCUUAGGAAAGACGACAAGGCUCCGAAGACCUUCUCCCUCGUCCCCCAAGAAAUGACAACACUCUCCAGGAUUUUCAAGAGAUUCACCGCCUCACCGGAAGCCACGAGGCAACAGUACGGAAACGAUCUCGAGGCAUCCCUUGAAGCCCUGAUCCACGACCGCAAGGUCAACAAAAAGCCCAAGCGGAUGCCCUUUGCUGGAGGGCUUAGUCAGGCAAUUGCGCAAUCUCUUCAAGUCCUACAUGACCAUGUCUCCGCGAUUCGGGCUUCCCUUUCCGAUGGUGAAGCCGGCUUCCAAUGGCUCGACGCCGGCAACCUGUGGCCCUGUCUUUCGCCCGUCAUGCUUCUUGAGCAACUCAGGCACAGUAACCAGUCACAUUCGAGCCCCAAGAUGCAAAAUGAGUUGUUGUUAUACGGUGUUCUCUUUACAAAACUCCAGAGGCUUGUCCGAAUGCGUGAUGCCGAGCUCUGCCGAGAUGAGAAGCGGUUACGUGAGGAACAGGAGCACGAAGAUCAUUCGAACUGGUCUCCUCUUGAGCAUCCAGAGUGGCUUCUCCUUGAGAUUGACAACAACAUACUCAUCCGUCCCCCUCAGGUAGAUGUGGCAAGAGCCAUUAUAUGGCCGGCAUCAGAGUCCAAUUCAGUGCUCCAGAUGAACAUGGGCCAAGGCAAAACCUCAUGCGUCAUACCCAUGGCAGUGGCGAUGCUAGCGGACAAGACACAGAUUUGCAGGCUUAUGGUACCUCGUGCCCUUCUCCUCCAAACAGCCCAAGUUCUCCAGAGCCGUAUCGGGGGCCUGGUUGGUCGCCAGGUCUGUCAUAUCCCUUUUGCACGACGGUCUCCGACAGGCGUCCACGACAUGGAUCGCUAUCAGAAGCUUCACCGAGACAUUCGCACAUCAGGAGGUGUCAUGCUCUGCCUGCCCGAGCAUAUCCUCUCCUUCAAGUUGAGUGGGAUACAGAAACUGGCCGACGGGCAACACAAACAAGCCAAGAAAAUGAUCGAGAUUCAGCGGUGGCUGGAUACGUCAAGCCGUGACAUCCUCGACGAGUCUGACUUCACACUCUCGGCAAAGUCUCAGUUGAUCUACCCCAGCGGUAUCCCGGCAGCUAUAGACGGUCAUCCUCAACGGUGGCGGGUAGUGGAGGACCUGUUGGCCCUUGUUGAGAGUCAUGUAUCUUACCUCCAGUCAAGUUUCAAAGACGGAAUCGACGUGAGGAGGCGUCACCAAGGCUACCCCAUCAUCCAUUUCUUACGCCCAGAAGUGGAAGACAGCCUUAAUGCCCUGCUCGUGCAAGAUAUCUGCGAAGGACGCCUCCCUCAGGCUCAGUUGAAGGAUCCGACUAACCAGCUUGCUCAAGAGGGCAUAGGCAUGAUUGUAUCGGGCGUCGAUGUCCCUCGUUCCACUUGGAAAAACGCAGCCAGGUCGCUCGCAGACGACAUAUUCGGGGCUCCCAUUGCAGUGCCUUACGAGGCCAAAGGUGUCCCUUCUGAGACUGCAGAGUACGGUCAUCCAGACACGGCUCUUGUGCUUACUUGUCUUGCCUUUUACCAGACUGGUUUGUCAAAGGUUCAAGUCGCCAAGAAUCUACAGCACAUCAUGAAGUCUGAUGAUCCAGCAGCGCAUUACGAACGUUUGGUCCACUCGUGCAGAUUGCCAGCGAGUCUACAGCAGUGGAACUUGCUGGACAUGGACGACGAGGUGCAGAUGGACGAGCUGUGGCAAUUGUUGAGAUUUGACCGAAAUGUGCUUAACUGCUUCCUCAACAACUUUGCGUUCCCACAGCAUGCCAAGCAGUUCAGCGUGAAGCUUCAGGCUUCAGGAUGGGAUAUCCCUCUCCUAUCUAACAAGUCAUCGAGCAAGAACCUAACGACUGGUUUCAGUGGUACCAAUGACAACAAGAGGAUCUUGCCCCAUACUAUCAAGCAGGACGACUUGCCAAGUUUGGUACAGACGAAUGCAGAGGUCCUCAGCUAUCUCCUAGAGCCGCGAAAUCAGGGAUUCUAUGAAGCUGCUGAUCGGAGCGGGAAGCAUUUGACCGAGACCGGGCUGCUGGAACUUCUCCGCAAGGAAGGUAUCAAAAUUCUAAUCGAUGCUGGUGCCUACAUCCUCGAGAUGGAGAACCACGAUCUUGCAUCAGCCUGGCUCGAGAUUUUCCCAGAAGCUCAAGGCGCGGUGUACUUUGACCAUCAAAGCAGGAUCAUGGUUCGCGCCCGUUUCCAGAAGGCCGCUGUUCCUUUGCUAGCAAGCCCAUUUGCGGACAACCUCGAGCAUUGUGUCGUUUACAUUGACAAGGCUCACACGCGUGGUACAGACUUGAAACUUCCAGUCUCCGCUAGGGCAGCCGUGACUUUGGGUCUUGGCCAGACAAAGGACCACACAGUCCAAGCCGCCAUGAGAUUGAGGCAACUUGGCUCGACCCAGUCAGUGGCAUUUGUGGCACCUCCAGAGGUGUACCAGAGCAUCCUUCGCCUACGAAGCGCUUACAACGGCAUCUUCACAAAGCAUUUGCCUGUGACGUCCGAAGACGUGGUCCAUUGGCUGCUUGAGCAGAGCUGCGCGGCGAGUGAGAACAUCAUGCCGCUGCACCUGGCCCAAGGCUUUGACUUUUGCCGGCGCACAAAUGCGCUUUGGAAGGGUCUUGACCAUAUCCACAAGCAGGAGUCUAGGAACCAGCUUCUCCGUGCCAUACAGCUACGAGAAGAUCAGACACUGGAGCAGCUCUACGGCGCGAGACAGCUGGACUCGACAGAGUUUUCACAACUUGAUUUCCAACGCUUGAGAGCCGAAUCCUCGAGCAGCGGCAAGGCAGUGCAUUCUUCAGCUUUUGAGGAGGUCGAGCAGGAGAGAGAGGUUGAGUUUGAGGUUGAGCAGGUCCGCGAGAAGCAGAAGCCUACCCGUUUUACCCCGUUUGGGUUUGAAAAGCUUGAUUCCCAACUCGUUGCUUUUGUUCAAUUUGGAAAAUUCCACGACCAGCGCUUUGAGCAGGCCUUUAUGUUAAUUGGCAGAACAAGUAUUGGACGCUGUUUCGGUGUUCAGAAGACUUCUUCUAGGCUGUUUGUCUCUGGACAGUUCGCGUUCAGCAUUCGAGAAAAAGCAAGAGACGAUAUUGUGCGACCUGUUGAGUGGAUACUCUGGAGUUCAAGGACCGACACUGCUGUCCUUGUCGCUCCCGAGGAGGCUGAGCUCCUUUUGCCGAUAAUUCGACAGGUAGAAAACCCCCGUGUGCGCCUUAUCGCUUACGCCGCUCCGGUUGCAAAGUCGAUGCAGGUGUUCAACACACUCCAGUACUUGACCAUACCGGCGGAGCAAGGCCCAUUACCAGCCUGGGUCUCCAUCGAAGUAGGCAUCAUUGCCGGGCGCCUUUACUUUGACUACCACGAGUAUGAGUCGCUGCUCGCGUGGCUAGGAAUCGGCGAGGUGUCUGACUCCAAGGAUGCGGUUAGGCGAGGUCUCUGGAUCGACCACCCCUUGAAGUUCCUCUUGGAGUGGUUGACCUAUCGUCGUCAAACGGCUGAUAUCCUGCACACUCCGAUGGGGUAUGUCUGUCAGGGCCGGGCUCUCCAGGCCACACAUGCCUUUUUCAACUCGACGGCAAACCUUGGGGACUUGGAAUAUCUUUCCUCUGGCAUAGAUCGCUUGCAGAUCGGUAAAGGAAACCUUGGUGGCAAUGCUAGCGAGGAUGGCAGCGAGUAG